CAGGAAUUCCCCGGGCCUCUGGCUGCUUGCUUAUCUUAUCGCCGCCAAAAAAAGUUACUGUGAGAAGUGCAACAGGGGACCAUCCCGCUGAGCACCCGUUCCAGGACGCGAUUGAGACGGCGAGAGACGGGACGGGAUUGCAGUUGGACUGGAUUGCAAGUUGGCAGCCGCGUGUCGCAAAUAUGGUCAAGUCGUACCUGAAAUUCGAGCCCUCCAAGUCGUUCGGUGUCGUCGCAUCCAGCAACUCGAACCUCGUUUGGUCGCCGUCCAGGGGCAAGACGGGCACCGGCGCCGGCCAGGCCAUCGUCGCGGCGAACGAGGAGGUGCUCGUGUGGGACAUCAAGAAGGGCGAGCUGCUCAGCCGCUGGCGUGACGAGAACUGCCGCGCCAGCGUGACCGCCAUCGCCCAGAGCCGCACCGAUCCGGACGUGUUCGCUGUCGGCUACGAAGAUGGCAGCAUCCGCCUCUGGGACAGCAAGAUCGCCACCUCGGUGGUGAGCUUCAACGGUCACAAGUCCGCCAUCACGACCCUCGCCUUCGACAGGGCCGGCGUGCGCCUCGCCAGCGGCGCCAAGGACACCGACGUCAUCAUCUGGGACCUGGUCGCGGAGGUGGGACAGUACAAGCUGCGCGGGCACAAGGACCAGAUUACCGGCCUGCAUUUUGUCGAACCAGACCCCGUCGUGCAGGGCGAGGGCGAGGAGGAGCAGGCCUUGAUGGCUGUGGACAGCGAGGCCGCAGAAGGCUUCCUCCUCACGACCGGGAAGGACGCGCUGAUCAAGCUCUGGGACCUCACGUCUCGACACUGCAUUGAGACCCAUGUUGCCCAGACCAAUGGCGAGUGCUGGGCCUUGGGCGUGACGCCCGACCUCAGCGGCUGCGUCACCGCGGGCAACGACGGCGAGAUGACAGUAUGGGCACUGGACGUUGCCGCUCUUGCCUCCGCAGCGCAGAAGAUCGACCUGUCGCAAUCCGUCAACUUCCUUCGCGACAGGGGGACAUUACACCGGCAGAGCAAGGAGAGAGCGGUCGAGGUGACCUUCCACCCACGGCGCGACUACUUUGCCGUGCAUGGUGUAGAAAAGUCGGUCGAGAUCUGGAGGAUACGGAACGAGGCGGAGAUAAAGAAGAGUCUGGCCAGGAAAAAGAGGAGGAGGAGGGAAAAGCUGGCCAAGGAUAAGAAGGGCGAAAGCGAGGGCGAUAUUGACAUGGACGACGCCGAGGACAGGGCCGACGACAUCACGAAAGCCGACAUCUCCGACGUGAUCGUGCAGCACGUUAUCGUCAGAACCACCGGCAAGGUGCGGUCGGUCGACUGGGCCACGAGCCAGGGGAGCAGCAAGGACCUGCAACUCCUCGUCGGUUCCACCAACAACCUGCUCGAAUUCUACUCGAUUGUCGGCAAGGACAAGCUCAAGUCCAAGAGCGACGUCCCCGAUUACAACAAAGCGUUGGCUGUCGAGCUUCCAGGGCACAGGACAGACGUCCGUUCGCUGGCCAUCAGCUCCGACGACAAGAUGCUGGCCUCUGCCGCGAACGGCUCCUUGAAAAUAUGGAACAUUCGGACCCAGGCAUGCAUCCGCACCUUCGAGUGCGGGUAUGCGCUCUGCUGCGCAUUCCUUCCCGGCGACAAGGUGGUGGUGGUUGGCACAAAGGAGGGCGACCUCCAGCUCUACGACGUCGCCUCGGCGGCAUUGCUCGAGACGGUCAAUGCGCACGAGGGGCACGCCAUUUGGUCGCUGCAAGUACACCCCGACGGCAAGUCUGUUGUGUCGGGCGGCGCCGACAAGACGGCCAAGUUCUGGGACUUCAAGAUUGUGCAAGAACAAGUUCUUGGCACGACCCGGACAACACCGAAGUUGAAGCUCGUGCAGUCAAGGAUAUUGAAGGUGUCCGACGACAUCUUGAGCUUGCGGUUCUCCCCCGACGCGAAGCUGCUCGCCGUGGCUCUCCUCGACAGCACCGUGAAGGUCUUCUUCACCGACACGCUGAAGUUGUACCUCAACCUCUACGGCCACAAGCUGCCCGUGCUCAGCAUGGACAUCUCGUACGACAGCAAGCUCAUCGUCACCAGCUCGGCCGACAAGAACAUCAGGAUAUGGGGGCUCGACUUCGGCGACUGCCACAAGGCCCUCUUCGGCCACCAGGACAGCAUCCUGCAGGUCGCCUUCGUCCCGCACAACUCCGACGGCAACGGGCACCACUUCUUCAGCGCCAGCAAGGACCGCACCAUCAAGUACUGGGACGGGGACAAGUUCGAGCAGAUCCAGCGCAUCGACGGCCACCACGGCGAGAUCUGGGCGCUCGCCGUCAGCCACAGCGGCACCUUCCUCGUCAGCGCCAGCCACGACAAGAGCAUCCGCGUGUGGGAGGAGACGGAAGAGCAGAUCUUCCUGGAAGAAGAGCGCGAGAAGGAGCUCGAAGAGCUCUACGAGUCCACGCUCACCACAUCGCUCGAGCAGGACCCGGACGAGCAGGACGAGAAGCGCGAGGUCGCGGCGGCCAGCAAGCAGACGGUGGAGACGCUCAAGGCGGGCGAGCGCAUCGCCGAGGCACUCGAGCUCGGCAUGGCCGACCUCAACACGAUGCGCGAGUGGGAGCUCGCGCGGCAGAGCAACCCGGCGGUGGCGCCGCCGCAGCGCAACCCGGUCUUCGUCGCGCUCGGCAACAUCUCGGCCGAGGCGUACGUGCUCUCGACGCUGCAGCGGAUCAAGCCGGCGGCGCUGCACGACGCCCUGCUCGUGCUGCCCUUCGCGGCUGUGCCCAUGCUCUUCACCUUCCUCAACCUGUUCGCCGCCCGCGCCGCCGCCGUCCCGCUGACCUGCCGCAUCCUCUUCUUCAUGCUCAAGACCCACCACCGCCAGGUCGUCGCCAGCCGCACCAUGCGCGCCAUGCUCGAGCGCAUCCGCGCCAACCUGCGCGCCGCCCUGCGCCGCCAGAAGGACGAGAUGGGCUUCAACCUGGCCGCCCUGAAGGUCGUCGAGCUGCAGAUGCGCGAGCGCAGCGUGAAGGAGUACGUCGACGAGAACUGGGAGGCCGGUCAGGAGGCGGCGGUCGGCGGCGGGCGCAAGAGGGUUUUUGCGAAUGUUUCGUAGGCUCUCUGCUAGUAGGAAGGGGCGAGGGGACGAUGGUGUAGCAU